GACUUUAUCAGGGUUGGUACUCGUGAUUUCUGGCGCACAUCUAGGUUCGGCUCGUUUGUUGACACUGAAGGAACGUAUCAUAUUGCAUUCCAUUCAAAUGGAAGAGUUUUUAUCGAUUGUAUAACUCCAUUGCUGGCGAAUUAUUUCUAUCUUUUGAUAGCGUUUUGUUUUGUCAUUUUUGUUAAAUCAUUCCUAGCAUGUGUUCUACAUAUAACUGCUCCAGAAAAUGGAUUUUUGCAUUGGUUACAAAGAAACGCAAUACUUGAAUUAUCUGUAUCUGCUUUACUAGCAUGCGCAACGUUACUAAUUGCUGAAAAUGAAUUGAUAGCAAUACGACCUAAUUCUUCAAUCAGUAUGGGUCCUGGAUUGAUUUUUAUAGCACUUCUUGGUCUUUGUUCAUUUUCAUCAGCUUUGAUUAGUUUUCAUCGUAACAACCGUUUGGCUCGUGAACGUCGUUUGUUUAAUGCACGUCUUAUAUGCGGCCGAUCACUGCGAUCGUGGCGUGAUAAUGUGGAUCGAACCGAUUUGCGGCUUAUCAUUGAUUUCGAAAGAUAUCUUAAUUCACCAGAUAUUUAA